AUGAUUGACGGAAGAGAUGAUGUGAUGGCCAUACCAUUCGAUGAUCUCCAUGCUUUAUACCCGCCCAGCCUCCGCAGCCUUCACAUACACCUCGAGCACCACGGUCAGAGCGCGAUCUGGAUGCCGGACAUGCCCAAUGCUUUGAAUCCCAACUGCCCUAACCUUCGCAACGCGUACUUUCACAACUUCAACAUCUCACUGCAACAUCCGCUGCUCAUCCCGCAACUCACACACCUCACACUCGCAAUCGAUCCUGACGCCAUUGAGACGUGGAACCCUCCAAAGUUCCGGGAUCUAACCGAUAUUCUGUCUAGACUCUCCGUCCUUGAGUCUUUCACUUUCCAAGGCGAACUGCAGCGGUUGCAUCACGAGGACAACGACAUUCCCACGGACACAGAUGGGAAGAGAAUCGACUGCCCACACCUCCGCGACCUGCUGAUCGACGUAUAUGAUCCUUUUCACGUUCUUCUCCUCAUGAGCCGGCUCGUACUUGCUCCGACAGCUCGUAUGUCCUUCGUCAGUCGGGCUGGUGUGCCUCUCUCGCCGGACCACCCAAUGCUAUUGCGAGGCUUUAGAAGCCGCAUGCUCUCGCAAGAGGACUCUCCCUUAGCUGGAAUGAAGACAGUUCAAUGGCUCACGUACGCGCCCCACUGGGCAGACGAGCGCGAUCGGCUGCACAUCGGUCCAGUCCCUCUAUGGAAUGCGAGGGCCAUCGUAUGUUCUGCUUGGCGGGCGGGCACGAGCGAGUACCUCAAAGGGGACCUGAAGGGACACUCUGAGCCCCCCCGGCCCGACUGGCAACUGGUCUUUGGCUUGACCGACCAGCAUCCUUAUGAGUUCUCGCCGGAGGGGCUUAUCCCAUUCGAGGCAUUUGCCGCCGCGGAGUGUAUCUCCUUUCGUCAGAGGGAGUUGCAAUUGCUGGCGCCAUCCGCUUCAGCCUUUGAGGCUCUAUUUGGCCACGCGCAGACGUUACAGUGCUUACGCGUCGAUCGAAAAGUUGGCACUAGGUUGUUGAAAGAAUGCGCCGGGAUCAUGGCUCGUGGCAGCCACACGAGACCCUUGGGAGGUGUGAAGGAACUAUUGGCCUUUGGCAUUAAUUGGGGUCAGGACUGGACAGGCAACGGCGAUGGCGGACCCGACAUAACACCAUACUACAUCAAGCUGAAGGAGUUGAUUGAAUCUGCACAGACGGCGCUUCAGGACAUUACUAUUGGGAAAGAAUGCGAGGAGCUUGUAUAUGAAGAAGUAGGCGACAAGAUCAGGGUCCAUACUGCACAGCUGAAAGGCCCGGAGCGCAACGAUUUCUUGUUCGCAUUCUAG